AUGGAAAAUUGUGAGACCUGUGUAGGCUUUGAUCUCUCUAAGAUACCACUCUCCACUAUUGCUCGGAAGAUUAUGUGUGCUCUGCAUUCAGGUGAUUUAGUGGAUUCUAAGAACUGGGGAGAGAGUACAAAGAUUGUAAAACCAAUAAACAAAUCCAGUGUUAAGGAUGCAGUAAUACUUAAAGAUGGGAAGAACCAAUCACUAGAGAAAAAGAAUCCGAAAUCUUUAACAGGCCAGACGUCAAGAGGUUCCACCAAGCCUUCUCCUCAUUCCUCCAGUACUGGGCUCACAGGUCAGCUGCCUACUGAUCAAAAGCAGAAAAACAUCAGCUCAUUGGCUUCUUCCAGGUGUUCUGUUCCACAUUGUGAUCAAGAGGCUUCAGACCUACAGAAAAUGGAGCAUAAGAAAAAGCAUUUCCUAAAUGAAAAUAUUAAUAAUGAAAAUAAGGAAAGCAUGAAUCUUAAAAGAAAACAUAUUAUGUGUAGUAACUCAUCAGAGAAAAUAAGUAAAUACUUGGCAUUGGAAGAAAAUGCUGGUGAGGUUAAAGCACAGCUAAAUUCUGGGGACUCAAGAACCUUUAAAAAAUACCUUUGUGAUAUUAGGUAUUUGGAUGAUCAGUCAAAAAACCAGCUGAUGGAAAUGCUCAAGCAGGCAGCUGCACUGGUAGUGACUCUAAUGUAUAAGGAUGGUUCCACCCAGCUAAUAGCUGACCAGGCUCAAACUUCCUCUGUUAAAGGAAUUGUGAUGUUACUAAAGAGUCAAGUGGACAACCUAGAGACCUUAGCCUGUGGUGCUCUUGAGGUGGGCUUUAUGUCCCAGGGUCAGUGUAUCUACAUACACACAGAGCUCUCCUCUCUCUGGGGCCAAGAACAAGAAGCAUAUCAUCUGUUUGCCAGAAACGUGCUGUUCCAAACCCUGAAAUGUAAAUGCCCUGUUAUUUGUUUCAACGCUAAGGACUUUGUUAGAAUAGUGCUGCAGUUUUUUGGUGAUGAUGGCAGUUGGAAGCAUGUUGCUGAUUUUGUAGGCCUUGAUCCCAGAAUUGCUGCAUGGCUCAUAGAUCCCAGUGAUGGCACACCUUCUUUUGAGAACUUAGUGGCAAAACACCUUGAAAAGUCCUUUUCAGUCAAAGUGAGCAGCACAUGUGGCAAUUCCUCAAGUAAUAUUAAGAAUAAGAACAUACAUAUGAACUUGAAUACACUCUACAGACUUACGAUGGACCUGUGCUCCAAGUUGAAGGUUCAUGGUUUAUGGCAACUAUUUUGUACUUUGGAAAUUCCUCUGAUUCCAAUUUUGGCAGUGAUGGAAAACCACAAGAUUCAGGUGAACAAGGAAGAAAUGGAGAGGACAUCCAUACUUCUUGGGGCUCGUCUCAAGGAACUGGAGCAGGAAGCCCAUUUUAUUGCAGGAGAACGGUUUCUUAUAAUGAGUAAUAAUCAACUUCGAGAAAUCCUCUUUGGAAAGCUGAAGCUACACCUGCUGAGUCCAAGGAAGAGCCUUCCCAAAACAGGGCCACAGCAACACCUGUCCACUUCAGAGGCUGUGUUAAGUUCUCUGCAAGACCUUCAUCCCUUACCCAAGACAAUUUUGGAAUACAGGCAGAUUCACAAGAUCAAGUCAACCUUUAUAGAUGGAUUAUUAGCUUGCAUGAAAAAGGGAUCCAUUUCCUCCAAGUGGAAUCAAACGGGAACUGUGACGGGAAGACUUUCAGCCACACAUCCUAAUAUCCAGGGUAUUUCCAAGCACUCAAUUCAAAUUGCUAAGCCUCUGAAUUUUAAAGGUAAAGAAGAUGAAACUUUCACCAUCUCCCCAAGAACCCUGCUUGUUUCCUCCAGGGGCCACAUCUUCCUAGCAGCAGACUUUUCACAGAUUGAAUUGCGCAUUCUUGCGCACUUAUCUGGAGAUCCAGAACUUUUGAAGUUAUUCCAGGAAUCUGAAAGAGAUGAUGUGUUUUCUACCCUGGCUUCACAGUGGUAAGAUAUUGAGCCACAAUAUCAUCAGAUCU